ACUAGCCCCUAAGACCUCAACCACCCACCCAGUGUUAGAAUUAAGCAAAAGCAGUUAGAGAGAGGGAGAGAGAGAGAGAGGGAGAGAAGAAGAAGAGUAAAUGACAAAGUACAAGGUGUUUGUGUGCGGAGAGGAGAGAGAGUUGGGAAGAAAGCAAGCGGCUGGGCAGUGUCCAUACUGUGGAGGGAAAGUACAAGCGUUGGAUGUGGAGAGCCAUUGGAGGUUUUGCUUUCUACUCAUUUGCUUCAACAUCAAGAGGAAGUAUUUAUGUAGUGUAUGUGACAAACAUCUGGUCCUAAAUUUUUGACAUUUAACCACCGGGGUGGUGGCCUCGUUGAUAACACUGCAUUUCCAUAGAGGUGAGUCAGUGCUUGGGUGCCUCGGUAAUGAGUUUCUUCCUAUAAAUUAGGUUAAAUUUAGCUAGUAACCGGUUAUCCCGGAGUGAGGACUCAUGAAUGGUUUGAUAUCCUCACAGCGCGUCCUUUUUUUUUUUUUGGAUAAAAAAAA